CGCCUUGGGUUUGCCAGUAGGUGGACCGUAGAUGCUCACCACUAAGAUCACGUGGCAUGAAAGGAUGACAGACCCAAGCUGCCCCCGGAGGCACACGCUGUGUUUUCUAUCAACCUUACUUUCCCAGAAGGUUCCGGAGAAGUCUGACGUCGUGCUUCGAUGCAUGAUAGCUGGUCAGCCCAAGCCAGAGGUGACUUGGUACAAGAAUGGUGAAGCCAUAGAGGAGGGAGGCCGUGUUUCCAGCUAUGAGUUCUUUGAGAACCAGUACAUUCAUUUGCUCCAUCUCUCAUGCUGUACCCAGAGCGAUGCUGCUGUUUAUCAAGUCUCUGCAAGAAACCGCGAGGGGAUGAUCUGCUGUUCGGCAUCCGUUGAGGUCCAGUGUCUGCAGGAUGCGCAAGUGUCUCCUGACCCAGGAGGUGCCAGGGAUGUGGUGGGCAAACAUGAAACAGAGAGACAUGAAGGAGAUGACAUAAAGCCCACAGAUGAGAAAUGGAGCCCUUGUAAAGGAGAAGAAAGUGUGGGGGGUUGCAUGUCAGCUGAUUCCUCCCCCCACAAAUCCAGCCACUCAUGGUUGCCCCAGAGAGAGGCCAUGUAUGACUCUGGUGCUUCUAAUUCUGAGAAUCCUCUAGAUGUUAAAGAGACAAGACAAAGGAUAGAGCCGUACAAUUCAAACAACACACAAGACAAUUCCUUUCAUUCAGAUAACACUACCGAAAAACAGGACGUAUGUCAGCACAGGACAGGGCAUGCAACUGAGCCGGGGUUAACUGGUGGUGACCUAGGUAGCAAAGGGGCUAAUGAGGAGGUUGUCACCCCUCGUCAUCAAAACCCCAAAGCACAGAAAUACAUCAGUUUUAGUCUCCCACUGCCGGAGGCCACCCUGUGUCCUUACCCAGGUGACAGCAACUCCAUCACCGUGCAGCGCGGCCCACAGGUUUCCAGUGAAGACUCUGACAGUGACUAUGAACUUUGCCCAGAGAUAACCCUAACCUACACGGAAGAGUUUUCGGAUGAUGACCUGGAGUAUCUGGAAUGUUCCGAUGUUAUGACGGAUUACUCUAACGCCGUUUGGCAAAGUAGCCUGCUGGGGACUGACCGAGUUUUUUUAUUAGAAAGCGAUGACGAGGAGAUGGCAUUGAAUGAGUGUGGACCGGGUGGGCGUGAGCAUUUCCUCAGUGAAAUGGGUUGUGGGCCUCGGGUGUCGGGUGACAUGGGGCCUACGAAUGCCACCACUGGCUUGUGUCCUUAUCACUCACAACCCCAGGAAGUGGGGGUCAGGAGCAGCGGAGCCUCCAGGCAUAGUCCCUUACCCCAGCAUGCAGGAAUGACUCUUACUCUGGGACCUCACCAGGAUGGAACCGCUAAGAUGACUGAACCGGGGAGGACUCCACUCCCUACUGCUUCCGAGGCUGUUGGACAUGAUUGUCCAGGAAUUCGGGGAGAAACCAGAGACAACCCUGAAGCGGGAGAGGAAUUCUCCAGUGACAGUCUGCAGACCAUGGAUAAGGCAGAGACGGAGGCAGGGGUGAGGCCCUCGUCUGGGGGGUUAGAAAAGUCAGAAGUGAAGCAGGGUUUGAAAAGCCUGGCUGGGGAAAGAGCAGAUGAAAAGCAUCCGGGCGGCAGAAAGGCUGCCUUGAGACCCACCAGGGCGAGGCGGCCCGGAAUGAAGGCAAAUGCCAAGAAGCAGCUGCUGAAAGACAAUUCUCCAAAAGACACGCUUGAUCUGCUCCCCAAGGAACCGACUAGGCACCCCUUAACUGGGAACUGUGGACAAGAGCCCACACACACCGAGGCAGGAGCUGCUGGCUGGAAUUCCCACUUCCAUGAAGAACCGUGUAUUCCGCUUCCUGCAGAGCGCGACACCAAAACCCCUCGGCCACCGGCAGACCCACUUCCGAAGGAAGGGGACACAAGCUUGGGGAGAAGAGGGGAGCUGUUUAAUCAAAUAUUUGAAGCAAGCCAGAUAGCAGACCAGACUGACCAUCUUCAGCUGCAAAUCCAGGAAACCACCGGGGAGAGAAGUGAUCUCGAGCAGAUGCCAGCUUUCUCCCUGCCUGCUGGGGAGGAGUCUUCAUUCACCGGGACCACAACACAUGUUGUCUCCAACUUGAGUGAGAUCAACCAGGAGAAUGCAUCAUUGGCCCAACACCUGGACCUGGAAGUCAUUCCUCAGGGGCUCCAACAGGAAGCCAGACAAAGCAGAGAAGGCCACAGGCCUGGUGCUCUCUGGGCAGAACGAGCGCAUGAAUGGAGUACCCCAGAAGGCAACGACGAGGAAGUGCCCCAGGUUCCCUCCUCAUGGCAUCUUCCUCUCCCUCCAGGUGACAGUGCCCACUGCCAGGAGCCAGAGGCUCAUUUCUCUCAGUCCUCUGCUCCCUCCCUCACCUUGGAAAACGUGGGCAGUGGGGCAAGGGGCAGAGAAGCUGCAUGUGUGACUGGGUGUUUUGAAGCCGGUGACCAAGAAACAUGUUAUGAUACCAUGGAUCUUCCCGUUGGAGCACCAGCUGAUAAAUAUUUGCCGGAAGACAUUUGCCCUGGGGACUUGGAACCGACAGAAGGGCAAAGCAAAGAAUGUGAUUUAUGUUCUACUGACAAGGCACUGGCUGUUCUUCAGACACAAGGUUCUGAGUCUCCCCAGUCUACGUAUGAGAGCAGCAGGAACGGAAAAGCAGCCGAGUCCCCACUUUCUAGCGGUGCCUUCACCGGGGACACAUGGCAGGAGGCCAGCGGAGAUGCUGUGGGGGAAACGCCAUCUGACCUGGGGACUUCUCCCUCCAUCUUCUCUUCCGCAGACCUCUACGACUUCGGGGGGCUUGGUGAGACACAGCCUCUUGGUGAGAAUGGCUCCUUUGCGGAUGUUAGCAAAGGAGGCUGUAAAAGCGCCAAUCUCAGUGUUCCAGGUGCCAUAGACACGCUUCCUGAUUACAGUUCAGUCGGGGGAUGCCCAAGAGAGCCAUCAGCAGAAUCAGCUGCUAGUGUUGAUUGCCAUCAGGUGACCAGGGAGACCGAGGAGGACACAUUAGCUGAUGCCACCAGCGUCCACACCAUCAGUUGUCACACCAUUUCAGCUCUUGAGGACAGCAACCUUGUUGAUGGUGAUGACCAGGCCUCAUGUGAGGCACGAGAGGCAAAUGAUUUUGAAUCUCUUUCCAACAUACAGCCAGGCCGUUCUUUAAGCAGCUCUACUAGUGAGAUGACCAGGGAGAUGUUUAUCGUAGCACCCAGUAUUCCAGGAGCUUGUGGCCACUUCUUACUGCCCGAGAGGCAGGAUCUGUGGAGUGCUCCCUUUCAGACUGAUAACCAGCCUGGGCAUAAGAGCCAGCUAGUGGAGGGAGACCACGGCGGAAGCCUUGAAGAGGACUUUCAGGAAAAGGGAAGUGAAAGAAAACAGUGCACAUCCCACCAGCGUUCUCUUUCUGCAAAUGAUUUCCAAGAAAAUCUGCCCCCGAUACCUGGCACGCAACAGGAGGUCAAAGCGGAACCCUUCGAGCACCCCCUAGCAGAUUCCGGGGAAGAAAUUGGGCAGAGCACUGACCCGAGGACCAGUGUCUCAGUGGCAGCUGAGAAGACUAUGGAAGACGAUAAGCAACUUCCAUCACAUGAACUAAGCAAUGCUCCAUCUCUCCCUGACAUCCUCCUUGAAGAAAAAGAAGACAUAGGACUAGGAAGUUGGGCUGCGGUCAGCAAAGUGAAGAUCAUAACUCUGGAAGCUCCUGAUUUUGAAACCUGGCAACCAGAACAAGCCAUGCAUUAUGGGUCCAAGGAGGCAGAAGUUGGUCUCACUGCCCCUAAUAGGAGCUGGGCUCUGUCUGACAUCCUAAGAGCAGGUGCUAACAGGGAUGCCUGGGCAGGCGAGGCACCAGCCAGAUGCGCGUAUUACAGCAGUCUGUCUUCCCAGUGUCUGGACCAACCCAGACUCCUGGAGUCGUCCGUAGACCCUGUUGAGGAAGCGGGGUUGGAAGUCACAGUCUCUCCACUGGAGGCUUCCAGAAGUGGGGAGACAGAAAGUGUUGAAACCAGGAAUGAAGACCAGGAAGGAAAUGAGAGGAAGAUACGCGGCCCUGCCUUCUUUCGACAGUUUGUGAACGGUCCUAGCAUCCUGGAGUCCUCUGUGGAUCCCAUUGAUGGCAGACGUGGGAUGGAGUGUGUCUGGUCGGAGAAGCCAGAGCCCUCCCACUCCAACACAGAAGGGAAUGAAUCCGCCGACAGAUACACACGUCAGAGGGCAGACAUCCAACCCGCCACCCUGCAGGUUCCCCAUCCCCAGAACAGUGGGGAAAUCAUUCCAAAUGAAAGCACAAUCAACCAAAAUCACAUAGACAGAGAGAAGGCAGAUGCCAAACAAAGUCAGGCUGACAAGGCAAAAGCAGAGGCCCAGGCUGCCCUUUGUCAAGCCCAAUGUCCUGGUGAAGAAAGACAAAGAAUUCCAAGCGUCUGCAACAUGAGCCAAGAUGGCAGUGACCGAGGCCUAGGAGAGGCUGGGCAGGUGACAAAGGACAAGGCCGAAUUAUUUUCCCCCAUGACAUCUCUUUCUAGUUGUCUCAGAGGAGCGACUCCUGCACCUGUUGAGGUUGAGACCAAUGACACCACAAGCCACAUUCACGGUGAGUCUGUGCCCAGAAACCACCAAGAUGUACUUCCUACGUGGAAGGAAAAAGGAGCCAUGGAGAGUGAGUGUGGGAAACCUGUGCCCUCUUCAAGUGAUCUCACACACACACCAUGUACUUCAUCUCUCAAAGGAAACGUCACACGCUUGUCAAUAAGCCGUGGCGUUGAGGAACUGAAAUCGGAGGAGAUUCAGAUUGUGGAAACCAAACCUCUAACCUCAUCCCACUCCCCAGCAAAGACUUUGGCUUUCAUUUCAGAAGACUGUGAGUCAGAGAAAGCCCCUGAAGGCUUACUUAAGGACCUGUGUCAAAAGGGCUCCGCCCAGGCUAGCAGGGAAAAAUCCAGAGAGGAACAGCAGAAGCACGUGGUGGCCCAGACCAGCAAGGCACCUGGGGCCCGAUCAGCAACGGCUGGGCCAGAGGAGGACAAGAAAAAGCAAGAGGCCUCAGGGAGUGGACAUUUGGCUGCAGGGGUAAAGAAGAAAAUUCUCUCCAGGGUGGCAGCCCUGAGACUCAGACUGGAGGAGAGGGAAAAUAUGAGAAAGAACUCCAUUCUGAAGAAAACGCCCAAGUUUGAAAAGUCCCUGUCCCACACUGAUGAGAAAAAAGACUCCCAAAAGGUCCCUUGCAAAGCGGAAGGCAAAGCCCCAGUGCUGCUGAAGAAGAUCCAGGCUGAGAUGGCUCCCGACCGCUCUGGGAAUGUGAAGCUGAGCUGCCAGUUUGCAGAGAUCCACGAGGAUUCGACCAUCUGCUGGACGAAAGAUUCGCAGUCAAUAGCGCAGGUCAAGAGAAGCGCAGGGGACAACUCCAGUGUUUCCUUGGCCAUCGUCCAAGCUGGUCAGAAGGACCAGGGCCUCUAUUACUGCUGCCUCAAGAACAGUUAUGGAAAAGUCACUGCUGAGUUUAACCUCACAGCGGAAGUUCUCAAACAGCUUUCCAGUCGCAUGGAAUAUAGAGGAUGCGAAGAGAUAGAAUUCAGCCAGCUCAUCUUCAAAGAGGACGUCUUCAAUGACAGCUACUUCGGGGACCAUCUGCGUGGCCAGAUCUCCACGGAGGAGCUUCACUUUGGGGAAGGGGUGCACCGCAAAGCUUUCCGUAGCACGGUGAUGCAGGGCCUCAUGCCGGUCUUCCAGCCUGGCCACGCAUGCGUGCUCAAGGUGCACAACGCUGUUGCCCAUGGGACCAGAAACAACGAUGAACUUGUGCAGAGGAACUACAAACUCGCUGCCCAGGAAUGCUACGUUCAGAAUACUGCCAGAUACUACGCCAAGAUCUAUGCCGCUGAAGCUCAGCCUCUGGAAGGCUUCGGAGAGGUGCCAGAGAUCAUCCCUAUUUUCCUCAUCCAUCGGCCCGAGAACAACAUCCCUUACGCCACAGUGGAAGAGGAGCUGAUUGGAGAAUUCGUGAAGUAUUCCAUCCGCGACGGGAAGGAAAUCAACUUCCUCCGAAGGGACUCGGAGGCUGGUCAGAAGUGCUGCACCUUCCAGCACUGGGUGUACCAGAAAACCAGCGGCUGUCUCCUGGUCACAGACAUGCAGGGUGUGGGGAUGAAGUUAACUGACGUCGGCAUAGCAACACUAGCUAAAGGGUACAAGGGAUUCAAGGGCAACUGCUCUAUGACCUUCAUCGAUCAGUUCAAAGCACUGCACCAGUGUAACAAGUACUGUAAGAUGCUGGGGCUGAAAUCCCUCCAAAACAACAGCCAGAAGCCGAAGAAAACAAGCAUCGGGAGAGGCAGAGCGCAGACAAACCCGGCAUCCGUGAAGACGCCGGAGCCUGGGACGCCCACAGAAAAGAAAGCCUAGCUAGCAUCUCUCAUCCCUUAGGAACCAGUGACCACCUGCCAGCAGCACACAGGCUUGCAUGUGGACACCUGCAGACACACGGGACAAGAACCUGCAGCCUGCAGAGCAUGUCCCUGUCCUCCCCAGCUCACUACCACUUGCCGUCUGCCAAACUGACUUUGGAAUGGAUCUCUGUGCUGGGAGACCCGUCAGUUCUGUUGUCAGCCUCAAAGACAGUCCGCUUUUUGUGUAUGCAGCUGGUGUCUCUCCCCAUCUCACGUCGUGUGUCUACUUGCGUGUUGCACGCGGUUUGUUGUCAAGAGUGCCAUGCUGCCUGGCAACUGUCCACCGUCAAAAUCCUUCCCACCUUGUCUUCUCACCUCAGGAUUUCUGGACGUUUCUGAAAUCAUGAAUGUCAGAUGUCACCUAUGCUAGCUAUUGUUGCUGGAGGCGGCUUCCCACGUGUGAGGGCGUCUCCAAGCACAAUUCACACAGCCUGGCACAGUGUUCUGUUUCAAUAAAUUCAUAUU